CUUUGUAUCGCCAGUGAAAUUGCUCAGAGGACUGAACAGUACACGUGUGUAUAGAGAAUUCUUAAGGCUCAGAGUGCAUUUAUCGCUGUGCCGCCGACUGCAACAAGUGGAAUUUUCGCUGAAUAUUUAAGCCCCAGAAUCUAAACAAACUGGACGACUUCGAGUUUGACGACCUGGACGAUUUCGCCAUGGAUUUCUGGAGCGUUUUCAUGUUCUUUGUCUUGACGUUCCUCAUAAUGAGCUGCUGCGGCUACUGCUGCACCAGCAGGCGCCAAGGCGCGGUGCUCUCCACUCCAGUAGUGGUGACUUCCGCUACACACACAGCCCCUGGCGGUUAUCCUGUUACGCAACUGCCCCCGCCUGGCUAUCCGGCUGGAAAUGCCUACGCCGCUCCAUAUCCGGCACAGACCACUGGCAAUGUGACUGUUCAGAUGCCCAUGCCGAUGCAACAGCAGCAUCAGCAGAUGCCGAUGCCGUUGCCAGGGAUGCAAACGCAUGGCGUGGCAUAUCCCCCGUAUCCUGGGGCGGGAGCAUCCAAUAUGAAUCCGCCGACAUACGAUAUGGCCGUUGCUAGUCCCGGGCCCAGUGUGAUGCCCGCUGGCUAUGAGAAGCAGUCGCCCUACAAUCCCAACUUUGGGCAGUAACGAUGGAGCCGGAGACCUCAGCUGAAAAUGAUUUAAGGAAAAGUUUUUGAUACCAUUUUUUCUUUGUCGAUAUACGCUUUCAUUAGUUCUGUAUCUUUUUAUACAUCUCUUUAUGAAUUGUAUGUACUCUGAUUAUCGAAAGUGAAUUCCACAUUAGUCAACGAUUCGAUUCUCUCCUCCCAUGAGAAAACCAAAGUAAAAGCGACAGCAGAAAAAGCCAUUUUUAUAUUCCUUGUGAUGUAUGUAUCUGUACAUAUAGACUUAGCAGGAGCCUAAGCUUAAUAUUAAUUUAUAUAUCUACAUUAAGGAACUCUUACACAAAUGAACACACCCACACACAAUUACGUGAAGUGCUAAUGUUAAACAUCAUAAAAACAAAAAAAAAAAAUAAUAAAAACGAAGUGCACAUCAACUACACUCGACUGCGAUUCUGUAUAUUCCGAUGUGCACUAUCGGGGAAAAAAAUGAAAUAAAAACAGAAACAAACCAGAAGUGUGA